AUGGAUGGCGUUUUCCUCUCGCCCAACGAGGAUGAGUUCGUGGGCAAGAUCGCGGAGGAGCUGGAGAACUUCAUGGUGCAGGGGCAGNUUUUCAGAGUGCUCCUGUUCCCACCUCUGUCCAGUCGCCUCAGGUACCUGAUCCAUCGGACUGUGGACAACGUGGAUUUGUUGAGCAGCUUUUCUGUGGGAGAAGGAUGGAGGAGGAGGACGGUCAUCUGUCACUCGGCUGUAAGGCUGCCCAGCGAGACUAGUGACCAAAAACCCAGCAGCAACCCACCGAGACCACCGCGACCACCUCAGCCAUGGGGCCGGGGCGGCCGAGGCGGCAGGCUGCGUCAUGGUGGGGAGCUACACGGUGACAAUUCUCGAGCCUGUGUGGGCUCUGGCAGGAUAAAAAGGCCACCCUGGAAGAAACCAGAUAAAGCCCUGUACGUCCCCAAGGCGAUGCGUAAGAAGGCGGAAUGGAGGGAGCAGGAGCGACCGGUGGCGGCUGGCACUGAGUCAAGUGGGGAUGUGGCACAAGAAGGAGAAAUCUGCCCUAAAGCUUCAGUUGGAGAUGCCCAGGAGGAACUGGGUAGGUCUGAAGGCAGCUCAGGUGAUGUCUCCUUGGCCCUUGGCAAGCAACAGGAGCCUGGUGAAGAGUGUGUUUCAGGAAAAAGUAACGACAACACCAACAGUGAAUAUCCUCCGUGCCCUACGGAUGUCCCGACAUCACAGAAUCGUAACAAUUUAUCUGGGCAGGAAAGUCAGGCUAAAGACUGUUCAGAUUCUCUUCCUUCUGUGUACAAUAAAACCCCAAUUGAAGCAGAAGAGCAAGAUCAGAGCUGUGACAACACUUUUACACCAGAAAGUAGCAAAAUCCUGUGCCAACUGCAAGCUGAAGACCAAAACAGCCUGGAUGCCAGCGGAGUGGAGUGUGGCAAAAACCCCUCCCUAUUGGAAAGUGGCAGCAGUAACUGCUGUACAGACCCGGCUGCAGCAGAGCCGCCUGCAACAUCGCUCCUGUUGGAAAACCAAGAUAAGAGCUGUGCUGGUGCCAAGAGUCUGGAGAGCAGUGGAAACGUGUCACUGCCUGAAGAACAGGGCAAAGACUUUGUGAAUGCCGGUGCGGUGGAGGGAGGCAAGAGUUUCUCCAAACUGCAAAGCCAAGAUCAAGAGUGCCUCAGCGUUGCCCAGGUGGAGAGUAACCAGAACCCCCCAGAAGCUGAAAAUGAGCCUCUGGCCACACCUGAGCUGGUCCAUGGUACCGACCCAUCAGCUCCUGAGGACCAGAACGAGCGCUGUGUGGAUGCUCCCGUGCAGAAUCGCAGCGGGAAGGUGCCGGUGACAGAAGAGGAGGACAAGGAGAGCUCGGGCUUGGCCGAUGCGCUGUGGCGUGAGCUGCGCUUUUCUGCAGGCGAUAAAGAGGAGAACGUGGCCUUCCACAGGCAGAGCAGCCUUGAGGACGACUGUACCGCAGAGCUCUUUGCAGAGAUUGUGGGUUAUUUAACCGUGAAGGACAUAAGCAUUGAGAAGAUCAACUUUGAUUAUUCCAGCUAUGGAGAUGCACAGCUCAGCGAGGGGGAUUUUGGCCACGUAACUGAAAUCUAUGACUUCUCCCCGUCGCUGAAAACAGAAAACCUGUUGGAAGUGUUCUCUGACUUCCACGACAGUGGUUUCAAAAUCCAGUGGGUUGAUGAUACACACGCCCUGGGAAUCUUCUCCAGCCCAUCUACAG